UCACUCUCUCAAUCCCUCUCUCCUUUUGAUCACUUCGGUCCCUUGCUCCACUCCCUCUCCCUUUACUCCUACACGGCUCUGUCACUCACUCACACACACUCAUACCAGCUCUCCCUGGGCACCAUCUCGUCCACCGGAGAACCUCAUUGUGUCUGCGUUUUGCCAGGUGGACGCACUCCCCACAGUCACCAUUUCCACUCCGGAGAGCUCCACGCUGGCAGCGCAGCCCCUUCCCCGGCUGAGCAUCGGGCGGAAGACCCUGGUGGCAGCUGCUGUGGGGGUCAUGCUGGUCCUGGUUUUGGUGGUCCUCAUCCCUGUGCUGGUCAGCUCCGUUGGCACAGGUGGCAUAGAUGACAGCGCGAGCCACUUCGAGAUGCUGGGCACAUGCCGCAUGGUUUGUGACCCCUUCCCAACGACGGACACAGGUGUGCACACCGGAACAGAUACAGCAACCGCAGGCCUGCAGGUGGACAACGAUGCGGAUCUGAGCGAUCACAGCAUCGGCCCACCGCUGCCUACUUACAGUGCACACGGCCCACAAGGCAAACCAGGACGUCCAGGCAAGACUGGACCCCCGGGACCACCUGGAGAGCCAGGCCCACCGGGACCUAAGGGUCCACCGGGAGAUGGUGUGGACAUUGUACGGACGGGGAUUCUAGGUUUAGGGGGUAAAGGGUCAGUUAGUACAACCACAUACAACACCACGCCUCGGGUGGCAUUUUAUGCAGGACUACGAAACCCUCAAGAAGGUUACGAUAUUCUAAAAUUUGACGACGUGGUGACUAAUAUCGGCGGUAACUACGAGGGCGCGACGGGCAAGUUCACCUGUAAGAUUCCCGGCACCUACUUUUUCAUCUACAACGUGCUGAUGAGGGGAGGAGACGGCACCAGCAUGUGGGCUGACCUGAUCAAGAAUGGUCUGGUCAGGGCCAGCGCCAUAGCCCAGGACCAGGACCAGAGUUAUGACUACGCCAGCAACAGUGUCAUCCUUCAUUUGGAUGCGGGCGAUGAAGUUUUCAUAAAAUUGGACGGGGGCAAGGCCCACGGGGGCAACAGCAACAAAUACAGCACCUUCUCAGGGUUCAUCCUCUAUGCCGACUGAAGGAAGCCUGGACUCAGAGGUGAAAGGUCACAGCCAGAAGACAUUCACUUCCUGAUUUUCACAUGGCUCUCGCAGUAAGGUUAAUGUUGCCCAUAGCCACUGAUCCACAGUCUGACAUACAGAUGUUUAAGGUCAGCAUUGACACGGUGACUUUGGAUCUGUGGUUAUCUGUAACUGUCUACCUCCUCAUUCACAUGUUCCAUUGUAUACAGGGUGCCUACGCCGCUAUUCUGAUGGACGCGAGCGACGAAGCGGUGACAGUCAUGUCAUGUGUCAGGCCGAGGUGCAGCAACAAUUUUGACAGUGAAGAAGCCUCACCAUCAUUUUUUGAGCUGUCAUUUCAAAUUUCAAAUCUGGAAAUCUAACAGUCGUGGCGGCUGCAGUGUUUGUAAAUGUGCUGUUUAUUUUUUAUUCAUGUUAAACUUAUCAUGCUGUCUGUACGAUAACAUGUUGUGCUUCGAUGACUGAGGAGAUGUAUUCCGUCCCGAGAAAUGCUAAUGUGUCAAAAAUCGGACGCCAAAAGGAGAUUAUGUUUGUUUUUGAAUGGCAGUGUCACAAGCUGUAUUGUGUCUCAGUGUGAUGAUUUGGAAAAUCAUGUCAUAUCAGCGCAUUAUAUUUGGCAUAUUGUUAGUGUAUAAACUGUAAAUUUGAUAUUGAAUCUCGAUGUCUGAACACAAAGUAGUGUACAUACACCAUAUUGUGUGUCUAUUAAAGAAUAUAGCUGUUAGUUGUACAAUUAUAUCACGUAAUGUGCUCAAUUGUAAAGAUUUAUUUAAUUCAUGCAUGCAACACCUGUUAAAAUGUUCUGUAUGUUUCCGCAAAUGAUAAAGACAAAUACAGUGACUUUAAACAAA